UCACAUGAAGUGACUGUCAACAUGCAAGAUGGCUACGCAUCACAGGCAGAAUGCAGCUGGGCGGAGGAAAGUUCAGGUCUCCUACGUCAUUAGAGACGAGGUGGAGAAGUAUAAUAGGAAUGGGGUGAACGCCCUCCAGCUCGACCCUGCGUUGAACCGGCUCUUCACCGCAGGGAGAGACUCGAUCAUCCGGAUAUGGAGUGUUUAUCAGCACAAACAGGAUCCAUACAUUGCAUCAAUGGAGCAUCAUACAGAUUGGGUUAAUGAUAUUGUUCUCUGUUGCAAUGGGAAAACAUUGAUAUCGGCCUCAUCAGAUACGACAGUCAAAGUAUGGAACGCUCACAAAGGAUUUUGCAUGUCGACGUUACGGACACACAAAGACUAUGUAAAAGCUUUGGCGUAUGCCAAGGACAAGGAGCUUGUGGCCUCUGCUGGUCUGGACCGGCAGAUCUUUCUUUGGGAUGUGAACACCCUAACAGCACUCACAGCGUCCAACAACACCGUCACCACUUCAUCACUGAGUGGGAACAAGGACUCGAUCUAUAGUCUGGCCAUGAACCAGAUGGGUACAGUUAUUGUUUCUGGAUCCACUGAAAAGGUUUUGAGAGUGUGGGAUCCACGAACAUGUGCAAAACUAAUGAAGCUAAAGGGUCACACGGACAACGUGAAGUCAUUGCUGCUGAAUCGAGACGGCACGCAGUGUCUGUCGGGCAGCUCUGAUGGGACCAUUCGCCUGUGGUCACUCGGCCAGCAAAGGUGUAUUGCCACGUACCGGGUGCACGACGAAGGGGUGUGGGCCCUGCAGGUCAACGAGGCCUUUACUCAUGUGUAUUCUGGAGGCAGAGACAAAAAGAUUUACUGUACUGACCUGCGUAACCCAGACAUCCGAGUGCUCAUCUGUGAGGAGAAGGCCCCGGUGCUCAAGAUGGAACUGGACAGAUCUGCUGACCCACCUCCAGCACUCUGGGUUUCUACCACCAAGUCGUCUGUUAAUAAAUGGUCUCUAAAGGGAAUACACAACUUCAGAUCGUCCGGGGAGUAUGACAAUGACUGCAGCACCCCUCUGACUCCUCUCUGUACUCAGCCAGAACAAGUCAUCAAGGGAGGUGCCAGUAUUAUACAGUGCCACAUCCUAAAUGACAAGAGACACAUUCUCACCAAAGACACCAACAACAACGUGGCAUUUUGGGAUGUCUUAAAGGCUUGCAAGGGUGAAGACUUGGGAAAAGUAGAGUUUGAUGAAGAAAUAAAAAAGCGCUUCAAGAUGGUCUAUGUGCCAAACUGGUUCUCUGUUGAUCUGAAAACUGGGAUGCUCACUAUCACUUUGGAUGAGAGUGACUGCUUCGCUGCCUGGGUGUCUGCAAAAGAUGCAGGUUUUUCCAGUUCUGAUGGGUCUGACCCAAAGUUAAACCUGGGUGGGUUGUUGCUCCAGGCUCUGCUGGAGUUCUGGCCCAGAACUCGCAUCAACCCAAUGGAUGAGGAGGAGAAUGAGGUGAACCACGUGAACGGCGAGCAGGAGAACAGGGUCCAGAAAGGAAACGGAUACUUCCAGGUUCCGCCUCACACACCUGUUAUAUUUGGAGAAGCUGGAGGGAGAACUCUUUUUAGGCUACUAUGUAGAGAUUCAGGUGGAGAGACCGAGUCGAUGCUGCUGAAUGAGACGGUCCCACAGUGGGUCAUCGAUAUAACUGUAGAUAAAAAUAUGCCCAAGUUCAACAAAAUCCCAUUCUACCUCCAGCCCCAUUCUUCCUCUGGUGCAAAAACACUCAAAAAGGACCGUCUCUCGGCCAGUGAUAUGCUCCAGGUGAGGAAGGUGAUGGAGCACGUUUACGAGAAGAUCAUUAAUCUGGACAACGAGUCUCAGACCACCUCAGCCUCAGCCAAUGAUAAACCAGGCGAGCAGGAGAAGGAGGAGGACAUGGCCAUGCUAGCUGAGGAGAAGAUUGAGCUAAUGUGUCAAGACCAGGUUCUAGACCCCAACAUGGACCUGCGGACAGUUAAACAUUUUAUCUGGAAGAGUGGAGGGGACUUGACACUUCACUAUAGGCAGAAGUCCACAUGAAAGUCGUCAUUUUUACAACCAGAACUGUCAUUUGCCAAUCACCACCCACCUCCAACAUGUAGUACCCUGUUUCCCAUUGUGUGGUCCAGAGUGGCGGUAUCGACUGCUGAAUCCCGUAAACGUGAGGACGAUUCAUGAUGUGUCAUAGGGAGACCUGAGCACUCCGGCGCAGCCAACACACUCCUGGGAAAGUACGAGGUCCAUAUUGGUUUUUUAACACCUCGAGGAAGUUUUUUCCAGAUUUCAGCCGUUUUUUUUUUUUCCUCUGAUCUUUGCCUGACUGACGUUUGUUUCGAGACAACUGAAGUUCCAGUCUGUAUUUGUGUCCGACUGUGUUUAUGCACAUGGAUGUAGUAGACCACUCUAGUACAUUCCAGAAACUGUCCUUGUUCUACGAACACUUUGCACCUGUCUGAGCAGAGCCGACACCGCAGGAGUACAUCUGGUCUCUGGGUAGCAUCAGUCCCCCAACAAGCCCUGGACUUCAACUCACACAUCAGACGCAACACUUCCUGUGGCGUUUUUCUUUUUUUUUAGCUGUGCUGUUCCAUAGAAUGUUAUUUUUUGUAAAUAUACGUGCAACAUUUUUGAUUCAAAUGAGUUCCUUUUGCAGCAGGUUUUUGUUCUUGUACAGUUUUCAUACGAACUUACGGUAACCUUUUUCCCCCAAAAUUCCAAGAGCACUUUCAUGGUCAUGACCGUAGUUUGACUCGACCAUGAUGACUACAUUUGUUGUAUUCACAAUGCCCUUCAUGUCCAAGUCAUUAUUAGAAACCUUGAUAAGGUAUAUAAAGAACUCCUGCUCACAAAGAGAAGAUGCUGACAGUGAAGGGUUUCCUUGUGUGUGUCAUUUAGAUUUAAUAAGAGUAAAUAUAAACUGAUUUUUAGAGCCACUGUGGGAAACUCUCCAAACUGAAACCAUGUCCAACAGGUCUGUUGUUUAGUGGAGUUAAUGUUGCCAUGGCACGCGAGUGUGUAAGACGCCAUAAAGGAGGAUGCACCGAGUGAGCUCUAAUUGGCCAAACCAGAACAUGUACCACGAUGAGGCCACGCUGCUGCAAUAUUCCUUGUAAUAACUUGAGAUAUGUAUAUUUUAGGCAUUCAAACUUAAUUGGAACGGUCUUAAGAAUGAUGAAACCUGUCGGGACUAUCCGUGGAUGUUGAGAUGUAACGUGUUCAGCUGACGAGCGUGAAAUAAAAA